AUGAAUGAAUAUUCAUCCUUUUCUUCUCCAUUAAGUGAUGAAGACGUAUUAUCAGAUCGCUCCUCUUUUCUUUCUUCUCCGUCAGAAGAUGAUGGGUUAUUAUCUGACUCUGGUCAAGGGUUCUUAUCGAAUUCUGAUCAAGAGUUAUCACCAAAUUAUGAUCAAGGGUUAUCACGGGAUUCUGAUCAAAGGCAUCAAAUUGGCCAUGAAAAAGAAACUACGUGUGAGAUAAGUGCUGAUGUAGGUGAACAACAUGAAGAGAGUAUUUCCCAAGACAAAAGUAACAGCACUUUUAACCAUGAUGACGAUAUUGAAGAGCCAAAGAUUGGCAUGACCUUUGAUACUAUUGAAGAGCUUGCUAGGUUUUACGCAUAUUAUGGGAAAAAGAAAGGAUUUGGAGUGUACAAGAGGUCUUCGCGAAAGUCUUAUACCAAUGAUGAGAGAAAGUAUGCAACUAUUUCAUGUAAUCGGGCUGGGAAGUCGGUCUCAAAAUCGAAAAAUAUCUUGAACCCUCGACCCGUUUCGAAAACAAAUUGCCCAGCAAAAGUUAAUGCAGUUCUUGGCAAUGAUAAAAAAUGGAAUGUGUCUAAAGUUGAACUCAAACACAAUCAUCCGUUUAGUCCAAGUAAAGGACGUUUUUAUCGGUGUCAUAGGUUCGUAAACCGAAAUGUCAAAAGACGACUUGAGAUAUAUCAAAGAGCUAGGGUAAGAAUGAAUAAGGGUUUCAAUACCUUUGUCGUGGAGAGUGGGGGAUAUGAAAAUGUACCAUUUACAGAAAAGGAUUGCCGCAACUACAUUGAUAAGGUCAAACGGUUGAUAUUUGGAGAAGGUGAUGCUCAAGCAAUUCAAAGUUAUUUCACGAAGGUUCAAUCUUCUGAUCGUGACUUCUUUUACACAUGGGAUUUAGAUGAGGAAAAUCGACUAAGGAGUUUGUUUUGGGCUGAUGCGAGGAGUAGAGCAGCUUAUGAGGAAUUUGGGGAUGUGGUCACAUUCGAUACAACAUAUCUAACAAAUGAGUAUGAGAUGCCAAUGGCUCCACUUGUAGGAGUAAAUCAUCAUGGACAAUCAAUAUUGCUUGGUUGCGGAUUGAUUUCAAAUGAAGAUACUGAGACAUUCAAAUGGCUAUUCCAGUCAUGGCUUGCUUGUAUGUGUGGACGUCCUCCAAAAGCCAUUAUCACAGAUCAGGACCAAGCAAUGAAGAACGCAAUACAAAUGGUGUUUCCUGAUGCACGUCAUAGGUGA